UUUGUAAACAAAUGCAAAGUGAAUUAUCAAUGUUGCUGAAGUUAUGAAUGAUUAUAAGUUGUUAUCUUCCCAAGGAUUUAGAAUUGAUGGCAGACGUCCACAUGAACUUAGAGAAAUAAAAUGUAAAUUAGGAAUAUCGGCUGGAGCUGACGGUUCCGCUUUUGUUGAACAAGGAAAUACUAAAGUUCUUGUUUCUGUACAUGGACCUCAUGAUAUAACUAGCUUUAAAUCCAGAUUGCUGCAUGAUAGAGCUUACAUCAAUUGUGAGUUUAGAUCAGCUCCAUUUAGUGGAUACAAAAGAAAAAAAUCUUCAUUGUUUGACAAAAUGAAUAAACAAAUGGAGGUUGUAUUGAAGCAAGCUUUUGAAACAACUAUUCUUUCUUGGCUGUAUCCACGAUCCCAGAUUGACAUAUUUUUCCUGCCACUUUCGACUGACGGAGGCAUCUGCAGUGCAUGCAUAAAUGCCGGAACACUUGCAUUGAUAGAUGCUGGUAUUUCCCUGAAAGAUUUCCUCUGUGCUUGCUCGAGUGGAAUUAUAAAUGAUGAACCUUUAGUGGAUAUAAAUCAUUUCGAAAAAACAUUAGGUGGUGCUGAGCUAAACUUGGCUGUUUUACAGAAGUCUGGAGCUAUUGUUUGUGAUGAGCUUGCAACAGAACGUUUGCACAGAGAUCAUAUAGCUAAAAUUCGUUAUAAAGCUCUUGAAGGCUGCAAGCAGACUUAUGAAAUACUUGAUGCAGUUGUUCGAAAACAUUAUAUACAGUCCAAUAUCAGUUGAUUGAUGUUGAGAAACCCAGAAAAAGAGCAUUCAGUAUUGUAUUAUUACACAAAAAUUACUGAAAAUAAUUUCUUUCAGAAAUUUGUUGUUUCUAGAACGCUGCACACAAAACUGUUGUCUUUAGCAAAAAAUGGCAUGCCUCAGUUUUGCCUUGAAACGUUUUUCAUCCAUACAAGUGUCAUUGGUAUUAUAAGCAUAUUAGAUUUAAGUUUGUAAGAUUU